AUGGCUCCCUGGCCGCACGGGAACAGCCCUCUGGCCCCGUGGCCAAAUGUCCCCACCCGGGCGCCCAAUACUGCCAACGCGAGCGGGCUGCCCGGGGUGCCGUGGGCGGUGGCACUUGGCAGGGCGCUGUUGGCGCUGGCGGUGCUGACCACCGUGGGGGGCAACCUACUGGUAAUCGUGGCCGUCGCCCGGACGCCGAGACUCCAGACCAUGACCGACGUGUUCGUGACUUCGCUGGCCACAGCCGACCUGGUGGUGGGGUUCUUGGUAGUGCCGUGGGGGGCCACGUUGGCCUGGCCCCUGGGCGCCACCGGUUGCGAGCUGUGGACCUCGGUGGGCGUGCUGUGUGUGACCGCCAGCAUGGAAACCCUGUGCGCCCUGGCGGUGGACCGCUACCUGGCAGUGACAGGCCCGCUGCGCUACGGCGCACUGGUCACCAAACGCCGAGCCCGGGCAGCAGUGGUCCCGGUGUGGGUCGUGUCCGCCUUGGUGUCGUUUGCGCCCAUCAUGAGCAAAUGGUGGCGCGUCGGGGCCGACGCCGAGGCGCAGCGUUGCCCCUGCAAUCCGCGCUGCUGCGUCUUCGCCUCCAACAUGCCCUACGCGCCGCUUUCCUCCUCCGUCUCCUUCUACCUUCCGCUCCUGGUGAUGCCCUUCGUCUACGCGCUAGUUUUCGCGGUGGCUACGCGCCAGCUGCGCUUGCUGCUCCGGGAGCUGGGCCGCUUCCCGCCAGAGGAGUCUCCGCGGGCUCGGUCUUGCUCCCUGUGCCCCGACCCAGCGGGGCCGUGCGCCUGGCCCGCAGGGGUGCCCUCCUACGGCCGGCGGCCGGCGCGCCUUCUGCCUCUGCGGGAGCACCGCGCCCUGCUCACCUUGGGGCUCAUCAUGGGAACCUUCACUCUCUGCUGGUUGCCCUUCUUUGUAGUCAACGUGCUGCGCGCCCUCGGGGCUCCCUCUCAAGUGCCCGGCCCGGCUUUCCUCGCCCUUAACUGUCUAGGCUAUGCCAACUCUGCCUACAACCCGCUCAUCCACUGCCACAGCCCUGACUUUCGCAGCGCCUUCUGCUGCCUGCUGGGCCGCUGCCGGCCCGACGAGCACCCUGCCGCCGCCUCCCCGCCCCUGCGGCCCUAAUCAGCCCAGCAGAAUCUAGGCAGCGCCCACCACUCGACUGGGCUUCCUGGGGACUUUCUUAGGCCUUGA